AUGGCUUCUCAUAUCGCUCGCCGAUUAGUUAUUUUGGGUGCUCCAGGUUCUGGCAAAGGUACAAUUGCUAGUCGAAUUGUCAAGACAUAUGGUAUGCCACAUGUUGUGGUCGGAGAUUUACUCCGUUCGCAUAUUCAACGAAAGUCUGAGGAAAGCAAAGUCAUCAAAGAACAUAUUGACAAAGGUCUUCUUUUACCAGAUGAACUCGUCUUGAAGUUCGUCGCUGGUGAAUUAAAGAAAAUCCGCGAUAAAGGAUUCUUACUUGAUGGCUAUCCUCGAACAUUAAAUCAAGCUAAAUUAUUAGAUAAAGAAGUUAAAGUUGAUCACGUUGUUGCACUUAAUGUACCAGCUGAUGAAAUCGUUAAUCGAUUAAAAGAUCGAUGGGUUCAUGCAUCCAGUGGACGUGUCUAUAACCUCCUCUGGAAUCCACCCAAAGUUGCUGGUAAAGAUGAUGAAACAGGUGAACCAUUAACACAACGUGAUGACGAUAAACCCGAAGUCAUUCGUAGUCGAUUGGAUACUUAUGAUAAGAAUACUAAUCCUAUUGCUGAUUUUUACAAGAAGAAGAAUAUUCUUCAUGAAUUUCAUGGACGCGAAAGCGACAAAAUUUGGCCCGAAGUUAAAAAAUAUCUUGAUCGUGUUCUCAAUGAACCAAUACGAAAACAAGCUGCUUAA